AUGGCCUUAUCCAUGUCUGGUGUCUCAAAUCAAAAGCACGUCAAACAAAGACAUGAGUUCUUCUGCAACACAAAUUCGAAUCUAAGUCCUGCAAAUUGGUCUUACCUUAUACGAAAUCAUCUCUCUCAAGGAUCACCUAGACAAGCGCUUCUGGUUUACACCCGAGUUCGGCAUCAGGGAAUCUACAUUGUAGGCCUACUCCCUUUGAUUCUCAAGGCUUGUGCUUCUCUUUCCUCCAUAAAUCAUGGGAAGGCAUUGCACGCAGAGUCUAUCAAGUCUGGUAUGAAUUGUGAUGUGUUGGUUGGUACCUCGUUAGUUGACAUGUAUGCGAAAUGCGGGGAUGUUUUUGAGUCCCGGAAAGUGUUUGAUUAUAUGCCUGAGAGAAAUGUGGUGGCUUGGAAUGCAAUAAUUGGAGGGUACUUGAGAAGUGGGGAUACAGCGUCUGCAGUUUUCUUGUUUGAGAAGAUGUCAAUGCGGACAUCUGUGACUUGGAUUGAGAUGAUCGCUGGGUUUGCGCGAAGUGGGGACACUGUGACUGCUAGGCGGUUUUUUGAUCAGGUUCCACCUGAGUUGAAGAAUGUGGUUACGUGGACUGUGAUGGUUGAGGGGUAUCGUAGCAAUGGGAAGAUGGAGGCAGCAAGGGAGGUUUUUGAGGCAAUGCCACAGCGCAAUUUCUUUGUGUGGUCAUCAAUGAUUUCCGGGUAUUGCAAGAAAGGUGAUGUUAGGGAGGCCAAGUUCAUCUUUGAUAGAAUCCCAGUCCGGAACUUGGUGAACUGGAAUUCUUUGAUAUCCGGGUAUGCACAAAAUGGGUUUUCUGAGGAGGCUUUGAAAGCAUUUGGGAAGAUGCAAGCUGAAGGCUUUGAGCCAGAUGAAGUUACUGUUGUGAGCGUUUUAUCUGCAUGUGCUCAGUCUGGGCGUUUAGAUGUUGGCAAGAAUAUACACGAUAUGUUAGGUCAUAAAAGGAUAAAGCUUAGUCAGAUUGUUCUGAAUGCACUUGUAGACAUGUACGCAAAAUGUGGCGAUUUGGUCAAUGCAAGGUUGAUCUUUGAGGGGAUGACUGAGAGGAACAGUGUCUGUUGGAAUGCUAUGAUUUCAGGUCUGGCCAUUCAUGGACAGUGCAAGGAGGCUCUUGAACUAUUUCACAGAAUGGAAGAUUCAAAUGAAAGGCCUGAUGACAUAACCUUUAUUUCUGUUCUGUCGGCUUGUGCGCAUGGAGGUUUAGUGAAUGAAGGCAUAGAAAUUUUCUCCAAGAUGGAGAAAUAUGGUUUGGCAGCGGGGAUUAAACAUUAUGGAUGCCUGGUUGACCUUUUGGGACGGGCAGGAAGAUUAAGAGAGGCUUAUUCUUUAAUCAAGAGAAUGCCAAUCAAACCCAAUGGCAUGGUUUGGGGGGCUAUGCUGGGGGCUUGCCGGAUUUAUAUGGAUAUGGAGAUGACUGAACAGGUAGUAAAGGAUAUUAGCACCCUAGAUUCAAAUAUUGGGUCGGGUGAUAAUUUACACUAUGUGCUUCUGUCAAAUAUUUAUGCUGCUUCCGAUAGAUGGGAGACGGCUGAAAGGACAAGGAUUGCCAUGGCAAAUGAAGGCUUUCAAAAGACACCUGCUCACAGUGCAUUUGUGGCCAGCGGCACAUAG